GGUCAGGUAGGUAAUGGCCCGCCUUCCCGUCUUCCCUCGCUCUUCUUCCUACUACUACUGCUCUCCCCCUCUCCCUCUCUCAUUCACUCUCUACCUACUCUCACUACGCUUCCUCCCAUACAAUUCUCUCUCCCAUACAAAAAAGUACUGCAUAUACCGCACUGGUGGGUUCCCUAAUAAACAUUCCGCUCUUCAGCAUUGUCUCUACAACACCAACACAAUCUUUUUUUCUCUUUCAACAGAGUU